AUGGAACAGGAAUCGAGUAAGAUUCCUACCUCCAGAAGGUGCUUCAAGUGGGUGCGCAUUCGCACUUUGUUAUCCUUUGCUGUGGUUACCUGCCUCUUAACGUGCAUCGCUUUUCAGUUUAUCUUCCUCGUCUCAAUGCAUAGGAAACUUGAAGACGUUGAGACCCAGCUCAGGGGAAAGGAAAGUCGACUUGCGACGAUUGAAAGUGAACUUAGAGUGGUUCAGGAUAAAGAACGUAAACCGCGCAGUCAAUGGGAGGGACGACUCACUAUUGCCGAAAACAAGAUAGAAGCAAUUUCCCAAACACUGAAGCAUGGAAAGUGGGAGCAAACAAAAAAUCAUGCUCGACAGAAGAGGACGACUAACCCGCAGGUCAAUUUGUCAGACCUUGGUAAGAGGGUCAUUGCAGUGGAGAGCAGGUACUAUUGCAAGCUGUUAAUUCAAUUUCGAUUUGUUUUAGCCCCUUGAGUCCCAAAUGGGAGGCCUUUUUCGUGAGUGAAAUUCAGCAGUAUCUCAUCAGGGAAUUAUUUAUUCUCGGCAUUAGAGUCAAGGUAGUCUGAUUUGUAUGGCUAAUAUGGAUCAACGACCAACGGGCUGCGAUGAGUCCCAGAGUCUAAAUAGGGCAAUUUUGGUUCAAAGAAAUCAGUCGAAUGGCUCCACUGGAGUGACAAUAAGACUUGAAGUCUACUGAGCUAAAUCGCCACUAAGGGAUUAAAGCACUUUUUUCCUGUCUCUACCGACUUUGCAAAAGCACCAGUCCUCUCACGCGCGCGCUACUGCCGGGUGAAAAAAGGUGUUUUCCUUUGGGAUUAUCCGGAUCAGGAUCAGUGGCCCGAGAACACCCGGAUUAUCAUGCAUCAAAGGGAUCCAUAAAUCCACUCUGCACAAGGAUUCAUCGCUUUCGUUGGUGCAAUAGAUCCGAUUGAUCUCGGAUGACUGAUCCUGAUCCGGCUGCACCCUAAAAGAACGCAUGCGCGCGCACGGCAAACGUCUCAUCCACGUUGACAAUUUCUAAAAUUAGACAAUGAAAAGAUCGUAACUGCCAAAAUAAUUCUGUGGAUAAACCUGACGUGAAACUAUCUUUUUGGCCAAUUACUCGUUAAUUUUAACUUCAAGUAAAGGGAAAACACGGUCACGUGGUACAAAUUGGCGUUUGCUGUGAACGGGAUUAUAAAUCUCUCUAAUACCAAGCGACGUCAGUAUUCACGUACUGUACCUCUGUCAGUAACGUUCACUCCAAUGUGUCUCUACAACACCACUCACUAAACGUUCGCUCGCGAAAUAUGCCUAUGAUCUGUAGCAAUAACCAAUCAGGAUGGCCACAAAAUUCAGCACUUGCUGUCUGUUUUUAGUUUGUAAGAGUUUGUCUUGGUCGUCGUUGUCUCGAAUGGCACCAUGUGGUUGUUUUGAGGGGCAAAAACGUCACCAAGUUUCCCUUGAGCUUCGAAAUGACCAAUAAAAACAGCCUCUUUGAGCAUUUCUAAACACCACCGACACUUUUGUCUAAAUCACAAGAGUGUGUUCAAGUCCAAAACUAUUCUUCCGCGAUUUUUGUACUUACUUAGCCAUAAGUCAGCCAAACAAGUCGUUAGGUGAAGAAAAUAGCCUACGUGGCAGGCGUUUAAAAGCAAAGAGGAAGGGGAGGGGAAGGGGAUUUCGGGCGCGCGAAGGGAAGAGUAGGGAACAGCUAGACGUUCAGGGUUGCCUUAGUUUUGCAUACAUAACCAGUUGGCGGGAUGGAGAAAAUAAUGGUGCCCUUGGAAAAGUUCCCUUCCUCUCUUCUCCCUCGCGAGCGGUUUCGCGCCCAAAUUCUGUUCCCCUUUCCUUUCGAACCCUGACCAUGCAGGCUACGAAUAAAAUGGAAAAAUGCGCUAACCACGAAAAUUUUCCUAACCUCGGUUUAAGUGUCAAGGAGAGAGUGUCAAGAUGAUCAGAUCGCUCGUUAGGACGUUGCUUGUCUUAUCUCGUGGCUGAUGGACGCUGUAAUAUUUCAGGGGAUGUGGAUCCAUAUCGAGGGGGUCUUUAGAACGAGCGCUGGCCGUAACAUAUACGAAAAGGAGAGAAAAUAGCCCUAAGCCGUAGAAAAUAAGCCAGCAAAAUAUAAAUCUUUAACCGUAAAUGCCGCCAGACCUUUAAGAUCCUUGUUUGUAAUUUUUAUCUUUUAUUCGUAUUUCAGAAUUGUUGAACUCUCUAAGGACUUGAGCCUGCGGUCCUCUUUUCGAGGUAAAUAGCCAUUGAGCCGAUACUCCUGGGAUACGUUUUUGAAGCCUUCAAAACACUCACAGCUCGUGUUUCAUACAGUCUGAAACAUCUCGCGCGUUACCCUCGAAUUUCGUUUUUUAAACCCUCUUACGUACAUGCAAACUCGUCCCCCCAUCGGGGUUCAAGGGGGGAGGGGCGGUUGGAACCGCUAGCGUUUUCUUUACGUGGUGAUACUUUCUGACUUUGAUAGACAGCCUGCUAUGAUGGGAUACAUAUGGGGGCAUUUGAAAUCAUCCAAUAUGGCGGUCCCUUUUAGAUUUUCACUUUUUCCACUAUUAUUUUGUUUUUGUCUCGAAAAUUUAAUGUCAGAAAUGCGCAUUAAAUCAUGCAAUCAUGUUUUUUUUUUUUUACCUUUUAGGUCGAGACGGACGGGAUGGUAUGCCAGGACCAUCCGGACCUGCUGGUAAUUAAUACUCAGUGGAAGACCGCAACGUUAUCUCACCCCGCCUUUUUUUAAAUUUAUAUUUUCAUUAUCAGUAUCAUUGUUAACAGUCGAACGCAAUAACAUGUAGCUAUUGCUAGUUAAGGCACUCAGCUGGGACAGGACCCCAUUUAAAGGACUGUCACAGCAAGUCAAUCAAGUGCAUAGGUUACUCAGUCAAAAAGAGAAACUCCUCCAACCAACAACAAAGACUGGGAAACAGCAGGAGGUUCCCACAAUACUGCUUCACUCGCUUAUGAGAGGUUUGACAGCAUUCCUAACGUCCCUUAUAAGAACAUUCUCCCUUCAUCUUUUAACUUCUAAGAGUGAUAGUUAACUUAUUUUUAGGCCUGCUUUACACAAAGAAUGAGAGAUCCGUGAACUUUACAUUCUCAGGAAGGUUUCUUACCUCUUAGGACGAGACGGUAGAGACGGGAGACAAGGACCCGCGGGACCACGAGGACUUACGGGACCUAAAGGUAGCUAGAUACCAGAUAAUUCUAAAGGGGUAGUGCGCUUUAUAGAAUUCUCUCCGCGAGUAGUUGCUAACUCAUCAGGGACGGUGGAGCCGGGGGGCUCACAUCAUGGGGGCUUAAGACUUUUACGUUUAAAGUCUCCUCAGGCUCACUACUUCGUGUCACUAGUCAACCCCCCCGCUCCUUACCACCCCCCUUAAAAAAUAUAUUCCGCAGCCUCUGCUAAUACCGUCAUACUACCAUAGUAGGGGUUGUUAUAUGAUAACGAUUGGUCAUUACCGGUCGAAGCUCAAAGCAAAAUAGGUUAGGAGUACUUUAACCGAGAUCUUUAACCGAAGCAAUUAACGUCACUAACCCAGACAAACGUGAGAUUAUUGUAGGAAUGGGUCCCCACUAACGUUCUGGGCACUACCCACUAAGGCAAAUGGCAUUUUUUUUUGUUUUGUAGAAAACACGUUCCCGCGCGAGCAAGCAAGGGCCAAAAGUUUAGGCACGAGCAAAACAAUUGAGGACAUCUUGCAUCUAGCUUGCGAGGGGAACGUUUGCUAAGUUGCUUGUUUAUUGAUUUAGGUCUCCUAGCAUUCUCCAGCGUAUUUCUGAACAUGUAAUGAUAGAUAAGCUAUACACCACUUGACAUCUCCCAUAAUGCACCUUAUUUGCAGCCCAAAAUUUUGCAUAACCUUUGUUUUUCAUUUCAGUUUUACAGCCGUCCCAAAAGAAAUUGAAAACAACGCUUAUGCAAAAUUUGGGGGGCAAACAAGGUACAUUAUGGGAUAUAUACAAGUGGCGUAUGCUAGAAAUAAUUUAUAAUCUGAAUCCGAAUAAUAAACCACCUGACUUAUUUUCUCGCGAAACGUCGCUAAUAUAAUGCUAUGAACUGUUAUCAUCGGAUAUCUGAUUCAAAAAAGUGAGAUCUAGCAGAAACGCCCUGUUAACAAAAACGAAACCUCACAAUAAUAGUUAUUUAAGGAAAAGAGAAUAGAUUAAACCGGUCCUACUCGCAAAUGCAAAUUCGCUCUCGAAACGCUUGGAAAAGGAUAAACUAUGUGCAAAACAUAGUGCUUUCGUAAUCAAGCGCAUAUGUAGUCAUUUUUAGCUUCUACAUCGAUAACCAUCAAUAAUGCUCUCAAUUGAACUGAUAGUAACAAGUUUAGUCUCAACUUAACAUUAAACCACAACUAGUAGAAUUUGGAAUUGUUUAGCGGAUGAACUAUAUUUGAGCUCAUCGACCUUAGCUUCCUUUAAAUCGGUUAUUUUUAAUUAUUAUAAGUCUGCGUUAGCUAUUUUCCUAUGAUUGUGAAGACCCACGUUCGUUUAAGUCUAUCUGUUUAAAAUGUAAUAGUGCUCGUCCCUUGUUUCGUCCAGCAACUUGUUGUAUGUAGCUGUAGUUUUUUUGUAUCGCUGUUUUUUUGUUUGUUUUUUUUUUUUUACGUAUCCGUGCCCGCUGUAAUUGGCCACAGCUGUUGCGGUGUCCAUGCCAACCUUCUUUCUGUUUGUUUGUUUGUUUUUUUUUUGGCGAAGUUAAUGAUAAAAUAAAAUAACUUGUCCAAGAUACUUUUUAAUGUCCGUAAUAAUGUUCGUCCCGGAUUAUUUAGACGCUAUUUUCCUAGAAACACAGUGUAAUGUAUUUUUUCCCCCGCUUUUUAGGGAACGUUGGUCCAACAGGGAUUCCUGGGCCUGCGGGUCCUUCUGGGCCUAAAGGAGAGAGAGGAGCUGAAGGACAGGCGCUGUCAGGUGUGACGUAUAACCGAUGGGGACGAACUAACUGCUCAGGAGAUGCCUCAGUUGUGUACACUGGUAUGAGGAUUACAAGUAUACAUAUUUAUAAAACGAUAGAAAACAAAAAGACUUGGAAGUUUAUGCAGCUAAACCAAUACUAUCUACUCAGAGACAGGGAGCCCAAUAUAAGGAGCGUUCACGUGCACCUUGCGUAAGACCCUCGCCCAUAAUCCGGAAUGAGCAACUCCCAUACUGGGCCUGUGAAAGGGCGUUUUUACGGACUGGUUUAUUUUGAGAUACAUUUUAUAGCAAUUAUUCCCGUGAAAAGAAGCUCCGUUCUUGAGCUUAAUCAAAGUAUAAAGAACACUAAACGUACUAGAAAGGUCAAAAAUACAAUUUUUAAGUCUGCAGGUUUUGCUUAAUGGUUUGUGGGAUUGAUUAGAUUUGCUCAAUCAGCACCAAAGUCGUUCUUAAAAUAAACGGGUUGGUAAAAACGCCGUGACACGAUUCAUGGACGUUGCUCGCUACGGUUAUUGGGCUUCUGCCUUCCCUGUAUUCGUGAAACAGACCUACCAAGAUUUCGUUCCUUGCAAAUUCGGGACAAAUACAGUGUUUGCCAUCUUUGCCCCUGAUUUGUUCCUAGUUGUUUUUGUUUGCAUGAUAUUUGCCCCAAGAAAAUCUAUUUUUUUAAAAUGGCUUAUCCUGGUUCCAGGGCGGUACUCUGGAUUUCAAUUGACGGGGAUGAUCGAAUUGGGGUAAAAAAUCCCUAGGGCUUCUAACUAAACCAAUAAAAAUCUCUGGACUAACAACUAACCCCCAAAAAGUCCCAUGCCGAUUUUUCGAGCCUUGAAAGCAUCAAAUGAUAUAAAAAUAAAACUAAGGGUACCUUCCGGCAAGUGCCAACGAGGCGAAUUCGUUUAUCUCUUGUGAAAUGUGCCUAUUCAAAUCUUCGCGAUAUUUUUUAAAAUGGAUUCCGCUAUAGAAAAGGAUGGCAGCCAACUUCAAAACAACAACUUUGGCACAUUGUAGGCUUUCACUGUUUAAUUAUUAAACAAUAACAACACGGCUUGAGGUUUUGUUGGUAAAUAUGAGCAAGUCAGUACUUUUGUUUCAUGGAAAAUUCCAUGGUAUUUUAUUGUAUUUUCUGGAGUGGUCAAUUUCGGAUCACGAGUUGUAAAUACAAGACCAUGACGUCACUACCCAAAUAUGGGGUCUUACACCCAAAUAUGGUCAAAAAUGCAAAUUUUAGAGGGUUACGCAGAAUUUGAGAGUUUUUGCCUACAUUGCGCGGCGUUAUAAUUCUGGCGCCGAGUCAACAUCGCUUCUUAGCUCGGUUGCCUUGUUGGCAAUAAAAAAAAUUAGAAAUUGAAUGUUUGUCUUUACAUCGAACAUUAGAUUGUUUUGAAUACCCGAAAAAAUCCCUAAUUAAAUCUAGCCACCCAAAAAAAUACUUGCCAUAUUUUCCUACCCAAAAAAAUCCCGCAAAAUCGAAAAAUUUAUCCCCAUCACUUGAAAUUGGGAUUAACCAAACCUCUCCCCCCCACACCCCACCCCGCCCCUGGGAUCCUGGUAAUUCAACUUGUUCAAAUUAACUGCUUUAUUCUGGGGAUUACCAUAAUUUAACGGGGAAGUCAAAUGUAAUACCUUUUACGGCAGACACACUUUAAAAUGCCAUUUUGCUCGUGUUUUGACAGGUGUGAUGGGCAGCGGUUUUUAUAAUCACCCCGGUGGAGGCUCUAAUUUUAUAUGUCUUCCCGACAACCCUGUCUAUGACAAAUACCUCCAAGGCUGGCAGGGAACCGGAGCGAUAUACGGCACACAGUAUGAGACGGGCAAUUUCCCAGGCUUUAGCAAAAAUCUUAAUAACCAGGAUGCUCCUUGCGCCGUGUGUUACGUCAAGUCACGUGGUUCCCAAAUGAUGAUCCCUGCAACCAACAAGUGUCCCUCGGGAUGGACCAAAGAGUACCACGGGUACUUGAUGACAUCUCACUAUGGCCACAAGCAUACCAGCGAAUUUGUGUGCAUUGAUGUGAAUGCUGAGGCCGUCCCGGGUGGCCAUAGUAACACAAAUGGAGCUUUGUUAUACCUAGUGCAAGUUGGUUGCGGUCACGGUAUACAGUGUGUUUCGUAUGUUCAAGAGAAAGAACUGACGUGUGUAGUUUGUACCAAAUAGAAUUAAAGAAGCGUGUAGUCGAACCUCUUCGGGCCACCCUCGGGGAAGAGACCACUGGCCGCUAAAUCGAGGGCCGAGGAGGGUGUUGUAGAGUUUUGAUUUCUUUUAGUACAACCACGAACGCAAUAUAAUUGAUACUGAAAAUAAAACUAUUUCGGUGUACAAAAUUUACUGGCUCCGGGGCUUGAAGGGAUUAAACAAAAGAAAUGUGUUGUUCAUCCUUGAGACUCAAGAUUAUUUCUUUUGUCCUGAUUUUCCCAGGCCUCAGAAUUAAGCAUGAAUGUUAACAUAUCCAAAUUGGUCUGUUGCUGCUCUGGCCUAAGAUGUGAUUGUUUUAAAUUUCUUCCCGUGUAAACAUAGCCUGUUCCAGGUUCUAAGUUAUAGUGUAGUUGUGCAGUUAUGAAAAGUGAUGCGA